CAGCUGACCAUGGCGACGGAUGGUGCUGCCUCGGUGAUGUCUCUGUUGUUGUUCCUGCUGGUGAUACAAGGAAAUAUGGUCAGGGGAAUGUGGCCAGUACCGCCAAGAUCACUCUCUCACAAACUAUCAAACCCACAAAUACGCACUUUCAAUCAACUAAAAGGGAUCGUCUCUAAGCUUGGCACUCCAGUUUUCCCAAAGAGUUUUGGGUCACUCGUACCAGUGUAUCCAAAGCCAGUGAACAAAAAUCAGAAUUCAGCCCAGAUGAACUCUCUGGUCGAACAUACACAACAUCCGCUGACACAGCCAGUCUCCUCCACCACUAAAACUCCAGUCGAAGUCAUUUGCUACAUUACGAACGGAACCCACUAUAUCCCAUACAAUAGGAAACAUCUACUCGCGUCAACUUCAAAGAAUUCAUAUGAUAUCGAGAUAACGAAGCCAGUCGCUAUCCAGAUAGACGGAACAGUAGCAUAUCAGUCAAGAAGUCAAGUCAAUUUCCAUCCAGACAAUCCACUUAUAUGCCAUCUAGGUCAACAAGGCCCUUUCAGUUCAGUAGAGACUACUACUUUAAAUCCAAGUACCAGAUUGCCUACAGAAUCUUUCCAUAUUCACCCAAAAGAAGCGAGUAUUUUACACCCGUCAGACGAAAGUCUCUUCCACCAGUCAGAAAUAAAUGUAUUAUACACGCGAGAAGAAGGUACCGUCCACCCGAUAGAAGAAAAUAUCGUCCAGCCGGCAGAAGCAAAUAUCUCCCAACCUCCCAACCAAUAUCUCCCAACCAAUAUCUCCCCAGAAGUAGAUAUCUUCAAACCGAGAGAACCAAGUAUCUUCCACCCAAGAGUAGCAAAUAUCAUCCACCGGAGAGAAGCAAGUAUCGCCCACCCGACCGACGCAAGUAUCAUCCACCGGAGAGAAGCAUGUGUCUCCCAUCCGACAGAAGCAAAUAUCUUCCACAAGAAUGACAAAAGUACCUCCCAGCCGACCGACGCAAGUACCUCCCAGCCGACCAACGCAAGUACCUCCCAGCCGACCGACGCAAGUACCUCCCAGCCGACCAACGCAAGUACCUCCCAGCCGACCGACGCAAAUAUCUCCCAGCCGACCGACGCAAGUACCUCCCACCCGACCGACGCAAGUACCCUCUCUCCGACAGAACGAGCCACCUCUCCACCAUCAGACCUGCCGACUCGCCAGGCCGAGCCACCAUCGUGCGACUAUUCACAGUUCCAUGCUGAGCACAGUGCAAUGCUGCCGGACAAGGGUACCUGCAGCAUCAGCAAGAAUGACGUUUCACAGGAGGAGAGGGAUGAAAUCCUUAAGGCACACAACACACUCAGAGCUCAGGUGGCGAGGGGUGACGAGAAGCGAGGCUCCCCGGGCCCUCAGCCGCUGGCAGCAGACAUGCUGGUAUUGCUCUGGAACGAUGAGCUGGCCUCUGUGGCUCAGGCCUGGGCUAACCAAUGUGUCUUCGAUCACGACGGAAAGGACCAGAGAAAGAUCUGCUCGAGGGACUACACCGUGGGUCAGAACCUUUAUUUCCAGUCUGGUAGUGACCCGACCCCGAACUGGGCCGAGGCAAUUGAGCAGUGGUACAAUGAGGUGGCAGAUGUACCCAAAUCUUUGGCUGAAGGCUUCCAAGAUAACUCCGGUAAAGAUAUUGGCCACUAUACGCAAAUGUUGUGGAGCUUGACGCGAGAGGUGGGAUGUGGGGCCGUGUAUUACACAGAAGGUGAAGGGACAGUGAGUCGUGUGUAUGUGUGUAACUACGGUCCCAUGGGGAACACACUGGGAAAACCCAUGUACCGAGUGGGUCCUCCGGCUUCUGAGUGCAACUCUGAUUCUCCCUCCAAAGACUUCCCUGACCUUUGCGAAUGGCAUCAAAGUUACAAAGACGCAUUUAGAUAAGACAUGAUGCAAGAGGCUUUUUAUAUUCAUUUUCCUUUCAUUCAUAUUAUCAUGUUGAUAUCUUUGUAUAAAUAUUCAGUUUUUGAAAGUGUCAAUAAAUUAUUGCAAAUCGAAUUAUGAUGAAUUUUGCCCUAAAAUGAAAAGUACACAAUCUAUACCGAAAUAUUUUCUCAUCAUCAUAGAUGAUUAAAAAACAAAUUUGCAGGUUCAAACAGCUUAAUGAUUUAAGUAUUAAAAAUACAGAAACUUGUUGCUUCUUGUGAAACAUCAAGAUGGUAUUGCAAACGGUCCCUGUUGAUCCUGACUUGUGUUACAUGAUGAUCCAAUUUAAUAAACAUUGUUUUUCUGACACCUUCAGUAGUAACUAUUUUGGUUUUCAUGUUUUAUGAUUUUUCAGGUAUAAAGACGACUUAUAUAAA